AUUGGAUCACGAGGAUAGAAAACUAACUGAAAUAUAUUGUUUAUGUCGUGUAGCUCUCUUGCUGUCUUUGUCAUCAGAUUCUGCAUGUUUUACCUGCUUGGAUCCAAAAUCUUUUGGGUUAAACACUGGCCUAAUCUGAAUCAGUUUCACCUUUAAAGGUUCACUUGGAGACAAAUUAGAUGAAUAAUAAGUAUAAGCAUAUUUAAAAUCAAUUAAAAAAAGGCUCUCUAAGGUAAUGUUUUCCAUCCUUCCUUUCGUCCUGAUGCUGAUGCCAUGCUUCAAGAUUCCUUCAAAUGUUUCCAAGAAGCAAGAAAGGAAGUCAAGUUGUUUUCUAUUUCAGCAGUCACUGCCACCUGAUUAAGGCUCCCUGCAAAUAUUCAGCAUAGUUCUGUCACUGCUUGCUAAAAAUAUAAAUAUUUUAUUCCAGUAUCCUACAUGCUCUAGUUGUUGCCAAAAGUUUGAGCUUUUCAUGCAUAAAUCUACUAUCUGAGGCUCCUUCAAUCAUAUAACCUUACUGUAUAUAUUAAAUAUGUUUCUAGCCUGUUUAACCUUGAAAAUAGAUCAAAAUCAUGGAUCAGUUUCAAUUAGAAAUACCUGAAAUCUUGCCAUGUUGGACAAAAGUAAAACAAGAACUCUGACAUUUUGGUUUCCUCUGCUGUUUCUGUGCUUUAUGGGACUCAGAGCCCAACAACUUUGAAAUGCCAACACCCACAUCAUAGAAGACGACCAGUAUGUUUCCAUGCAUGUUCUCUUUUUACCAGCUGAUGAACCAGCUGAUGAACCAGCUGAUGAACCAGCUGAUGAACCAGCUGCCUUCAAUGAUGAAACUGACAGGUUACAUUUAAGAUCCAGUCCAAACCUUAACUGUCAACAUUUAAACUACAUUUUGUCUUUUGUUGUGCUUUUGUUUGUCCAGAUGGUCAUUAACCACAAUGAAUCUGACUUCUGGGUCUGAUCCGACCCACUUCUUCCCUGAUAACCCUUCUGGUGGCUCUUUCCGCCAAUGGUCCAGGUACUGGAAUUUGCAUAACAUUAGUAUUUUUUCAAGAAAAGGAGGAAACAAUUCUGAGUCAGCACUUAACAUGACCUUCCAGCUGCCUGAAGAGGAAUUUGAUCCACUGGGAGGUCACACCGUGUGGCAGGUCAUCAUCAUCGUCUUCCUCACCGGAUCCCUUUCUUUCAUCACUGUUGUUGGCAACAUCCUGGUUUUAGUGUCCUUCAAGUGGGCUCUUGGGCCAGUGGUUUGUGACUUGUGGCUUGCAAUAGACUAUGUGGCCAGUAACGCCUCCGUCAUGAACCUGCUCGUCAUCAGCUUUGACAGGUAUUUUUCUGUGACCAGACCUUUGACCUAUCGGUCCAAACGAACAACCAAGCGAGCCAUGACCAUGAUUGCAUUAGCCUGGUCCAUCUCUUUCAUUCUCUGGGCCCCGGCCAUAUUGUUCUGGCAGUACAUUGUGGGAGAGCGCACAGUCCAACCCAAUGAGUGCUACAUCCAGUUCUUGUCCGAGCCCAUAAUUACCUUCUGCACUGCUAUUGCUGCAUUCUACUUACCAGUGAGUAUCAUGGCCAUUUUGUUUUGGAAGAUCUACCAGGAGACAGAGAAGAGAGCUAAAGAUAUACAAGGUCUCAAGGGAUCUGGGUCAAGCACCAACCCAAGCCAGGCUCAGAACCUGGACAGCAGCAGUGGAAAAGAUACAGUUGGCAGCCAGAGGAUGUCAUCAAUCAUGCUGCGCCAGAUCAGCUCCCAGAGCGUCAGCAGUAAUGACAUUUGUUUGUCUUCUCCAGGGAGAAACAGGAACAAUAAUUCCAGCUCACCAGGAGAGGAAAACCAAAAGUGCUGUAGAACGCCAUGUUUUCAAUUCUCAGCCUUCUGGACUCGUUUUCCUCCAUCCAACAGAUCCUGCAACACAACAACAAGUACAGUAGAGGAGGCCGAGUGCAGCAGCGUCAACGGUGACAUGGCUGCUGCUUCAGAGGUGAACAAGAACAACCAAUAUUAUGAAAGCAUCAAAGUUCAGAAAGGCUCAGAUGGACUUACUCCCUCAUCUUCUCUUGACCAGUCAGUUGCUAAAGCAACCACAGAUGCUGUGCUUGCCAAACGCUUUGCCACAAAAGCAAAAAUAGAGAUCAGUAAGCGCAAGAAUGAAAAAAAAGCAAAUGAAAAGAAAGCAGCAAGAACUCUGAGCGCUAUUCUGUUUGCAUUCAUAACCACAUGGCUGCCGUACAACAUCAUGGUGUUGGUCAACACUUUCUGUCAGGACUGUAUUCCAGAAUCUCUGUGGGCUCUGGGGUACUGGCUGUGUUAUGUUAACAGCACAGUGAACCCCAUGUGCUACGCUCUGUGUAACAAGACUUUCCGGACAACCUUUAGGGAUAUAUUAAUAUGCCAGUGGAAUCGAAACAGGAACAAGCCCAAUUUUAAUCAAAGGCAGGCUGUCGGCUUCCGAAAGGAGCCUAGAUAGAUUGUAAUACCAGAUUGAUCCAUUAGGUGAAGAUAUUUUCUUUAGUUUAGAUGCGUCACUAUCUAUCCCUCUGUGGAAAGAACACUCACCUGUUUCUUUUUUACUACCUAAACAUGUUCAGUUUAUGGGUUUUACUACACCGUGUUGGGAAGCAUAUGCUCCAUGUUUUGACCCUGCAUCAGAAUCACAAUUCCUUUAUUGUCAUUGUACAAGAAAGCACAACAUUUUAAAAAUAGCAACUCUUGAAGGCAGUGCAAAUAAUAAUAUAUGUGUUCAAAUAUCAGUGGGAAACAAAACCUUGUAAAUUUAUAUUUAGUAAAUGAUAUUUGAACUUGACAGGAUAGACCUUGCUUGCAGUUGUAUUCAUAGUUUUUGUUUUAAUUUUUAUAAACAUAUUAAGAGGAUAUAAUAAAAAUAAUUUAUAUAUUUGGCAAUAUUGUGGAGGUUUUAAGAUGGACAGUAAUUUUACACUCAAUAAUCAUAUAAAAUCCAGAGUCAAGUCUAGUUUUUAUUAUUUACAGAAGAUAGCAAAGAUAAAAUGUAUUCUUUCAAAUAAACAGUAAUCCAUGCCUUCAUUUCACCACGACUGGAUCACUGUAAUUCCCUCCACCUGGAGUCAGGAGUCAGCCAGUCCUCACAUGUCUGCAGCUGGGGCAAAAUGCUGCUGCCCGUCUUUUAACAGGAACCUGGAACAGAGAGCACAUCACCCUGGUCCAGGCUUCUCUCCACUAGCUGCCCAUGUAUUUUAGAGUUUAUUUUAAAUUCAUUUUGUUUGUUUUUAAGAUUUUAAACAGUAACAACCUUUCCUAAUUUACCUUAAACAAUAUGAUUUAGGACAGAAUGACCUACAGGAGAUGACAUCACACAUCAGAGGACUGAUGAAGAGAAUGAGAUUUGAAAGAAGAGAGGAUCCUGUCUGAGCAUCCUCACCAGCUGAAUCAGGGCAGAAUGACUGGAGAGCUGGCUGCACCUCAGAGAGCUUUAGAAAACAGAACCAGAACCUCAUCAUCUGUUAUCAGAUCCAGCACAGCUCUGUCACACACACUCAACUCACACAUCAUGUGCAUACACACCAGUAGUCCAUGAAUACUGAGGAAAACCUACCAUCCCUAAGAUAUCGUGAAUAUCAGUAGUCACACUUGUACUGAAAAGUAAUCAUUUCUUUAUUUAAAAAUCAAUUUGAAUUCUUUUUAAACUUCUAAAAAAAAUUUAAGUCAUUAUACAGUUUUUUCUCAGUUACUUAUGAUGGGACCAUUUUUUAUUGACUUUUGCUGUUUACGAGUCAUUCCUAUGCAGAAAGCAAUGCAAUAAUUUAAUAUUUAGUCAAACUAUAACUUUUAACAGUGAAAACCUUUUAUUAAAUUUACAUGAAAUGACAGAUUUGUUUCAUGCUGCUUCAUAUUAAGCCAAUGUUCACAAGCUGCCAACCAGCAGCUCAGGUUUGGUUUUUGGUUUCGUGUUUCACCAGAUGAGUUGCUUGUAGACGCUGUAAUGUGUGAUCAGAUCAGAUCAGAGCUUUGCUGUGAUUAAAGAUUUCUUAGGUUCA